GAAGGCGACCGGGUGCUGGAGGUGAACAACGUGAGCGUGGCGGACAAGACGGCGGACGAGAUCGUCGCCCUCCUGAAUCGCUGCGACGGCGGCUGCGCCGUCGCUUCAAACUCAUCCCCGCGGAAAUCUCCAACCCACAGAAUAAUCAACCCGAUCAGUCGCAUAUCCAUCUCAGGGCUUUGCAAGGCCCGUUGCUCUCCCCGGCUUGAAAACGGCGGGCCCUUUUCGGGACAUUUUGCGCGAUUCUGCUUUGAAAAUGCUGGGCUUUCUCUAGACGCCCUCCUUGUCUAUCAGCUGACCUCUCAUGUUGACAUGCUAUUUCCAUGUUUCUCGGACCUCGAGGUGAGGGAACAGAGAGACUGCAGACAGGCAGAAAAACUGUCAAAAUAAAAUGCCAAGAACACUCCUCCUAUUAGCUUUUUCAACAGGGAACUUGGUCAAAAAUUUUAAUGAAGCAUUCCCCCGUUUCAAGCCGAAAAUGAACUAGCAGAAACUCCAAAAUUCCCUUUUUCACUGAUUUUUAUAUUUCAUUUUGUAGUAUGACUACGACGGCUCGAAAAGACACCGAGACAUCCCUGUCCCGAGGCCGCCUUGGCCUUCAGAAAAGGCGACAUUCUGGAGCUCCUCGUGUGCAACGACGAGCAUUGGUGGCAGGUAA